UGACUCAAACUCAGACUCAGUCUCAGUCUCAGACUCAGGCUAUGCUGAGACUAUUUUGAUUUUGGUAUUCACUAACGAUUUUAGACUCAGACUCAGCUGAGAAUACUUUAUGUCGAUGAUGCAAGCGGUAUUUUUCCAUGAUUACGUCAGCAGGUGCUCGCACGCGCCGUUACAUCACUGACAGACGGAUAAUGGACUCGACAGGUAUAUUGUUUACAUGUUUUUUAUUAUAAAUUAUUGAUACUGAUAUCAUGCAUUUCGUUAAAAAAGUAAUUUACAUGCUGAUCAUAUACUGAAUAAUUUCUCAUUGAGAACUCUUUUUUACGUAGAUACCUUAGCAAUGGACUAGAAAGUUUAGAUAUUAUAACGUUGUUAUUCUUUUAGGGUUUCUUAACAAAAAAAGUCCCCCAUGGACAGAGGCAGCAGAGGUAAGACUCUGCUGCCUCGUACGUGAAAAUUGGGAUCUUCUCUUCGGAGAGAUGAGAGGGUGUGGGGUUGAAAAAAUUUCAACUAAACGCCGGGCAAAGUGGCAAGAGAUUGCCACUGUUGUAAGCCAUGAAUUUAAAGCUCCACGUUCUUCGGAACAAUGCCGGAAGAAAUUUCAAAAUGUAAAAGGACGUUCCAUCAACAAAGUCAGUGGGCUGCGGCAUCCACCAACAGGAGGGGGCCCAUCGGCUGUAUUGUCCGUGGCAGAGUCGUGUGUGGCAGACCAUCUUGCCACACACGAAGUUGUCACGGGCAUUGGCGGAGGAUUUGAUUCAGAUGACCUUGAACAAAUUUUUCGGGCCUCGAAACCGGCCUCAAUGAUCUUGGCAGAUGAGCCAACGUCUGAGGCCACUAUCCCAGAAACAUCAGGAGGUCCAUUGAAGUCGUGCAGACAAAAGACCGGGAAAGGAAAUGCUUAA